AAAAUCAUUGGCGUUGGCCUCUUGAAGCCCUCUUUGGCAGUCUUGGGAGCCUCGUGGGAUGCAUCGAGGCUGUUGUGUGCCGCCUUGAAGCCAUCUCAGACCGUCUUGGAGGACUCCUGGGCCCUUUCAUCGGCCGUCUGGAAAACCAUCUUCGACAUAUUCGACAGGCGGGGUGAGGCGGCGCACGCGACGAGGUGCCAGGAGAGGGGUGGAGAGGCUUCAUGGAAAUACAGAGCCCCUACCAUACACCGUUUUUCUACCUCGCCUCAACGUGCCAGGGGGCACGGAGUCGGAUGAAACAGAACCUCCGAGGCAGUGCCCUCUGUGGGAUCCAAUUUGCGACCUACAUUCCCCAAACGAUAACACGUUCGUGAACACCUUCAUGCACGAUGGGCAACUGCUAUCGGUUACCGAUUCAGUUUGGAUGCUGACUGUGGACCCCGUGAGUUUGAAUGUCACAGGAAAGCAAAAGUGGAACGACAGCGGAAUCCAAGACAAAUUCAGCAUCCCAGCAGCCGGCUCUGCACACCCUGAGUGGAACAAGAAGUAUAGCGAAACCAUCGAUUUUGUUGGGAACGAGAACCCUUUGACAGGAGCCACCGAUAUUGUCAUUUACGGUAUGUCGGACGUUCACAAGGACUCACGUAAGAAGUACGGAGCGACUGCGCCAAUGAAGUCCACCCCGUACAUGCACAGUUUCGGCAUCACCAACAAUUAUACGAUUCUCCCUCGCAUGCCUGUCAAGUUCAGCCUUCCGCUGAGCAAGGGUAAGUCAAUGUCUGAGUCUUUCAGCGACCUCCCUCUGCCAGAACCGUCUGAGGACAACGCUUUCUGGCUUGUGCCACUGGACGGAGGAGAUGUCAUCAAGAAGUUCUUGCCGGUCGACGAGAAGUUGUAUUCUUCGCGCUUCGCGUACUCCCACCGGUCCGCUCAGAAACGUUGCCCAGGGAGUUGCCCUGAAAAGAGACGGAGAGACAUAUCGUGAAGUACAGCGGGCAACCAGGAUGAGCA